AUGAUUAUACAACAAUUCUCUCCAGAGUUACUUACAGAAAUAUUUGGAAAUCUUUAUAUCAAUGAUUUAUUAGUAUGUGCAUUAGUAAAUAGAAAGUGGAGUGCAAAUGCGAUGCGUAUAUUAUGGAAAUGUCCUAUUCAAUUAGCAACUUUUCCUUUAAAAAAUACUAAAUCACCACAAGAAAAAUUAUGUUCAAUAAUUUCUACUAUAGUGAAAUGUUUAUCAAUUGAAGUUAAAAAUAAAUUAAGAAAUGUUUAUGGAAUAAUUAUUGAUGAAACUAAGAAUGAAAGUGUACCAAUGUUUGAUUAUUGUUUAUUCAUGGAAAAGUUGAACUUUGUAAUAAUGUUUAAAGCUACAUUGUUCUGGUUAAAUUCUCUGGGUUGUGUUACAGGAUUAAUUUAUCAUCAUAUUAUAUUUCAAGAAAUUUGUAACUUGGUUAUCAUAAAAAGUAAUAUUCUUAAUAAUCAACAACGAGAUACAAAUAAGAUGACCGAGGCAAAAAUCGUUUUAAGUGCAUAUAAUCCAAAACAAAUGUUAGAAGGUGAAAUUUGUAAUAGAAAUUAUAAAGAAUCAGAUUUUCCUUUGCCAAGUCAUUUACCUUUAAUGACACAAACUUUAUCAAGAUUGGAAAGGGUUACAUUAAAUACUUGUAUACAACCAAGAUUUAUUUAUGACCUUAAUAAUAUUUGUAGAAAUGUUUUGGAUAUAAGUAUACAUUGUGGAUGUAAUGACGAUCAACAUUUGGCCGAUUUCAUAAAUAAUCAAGAAAAAUUACAAAAAAUAGUAUUGUUUUCUUUUAAAUCGGAUAUACGAUUAGAAAAAAUAUCUAAAGCUAUUAAAAAUAAAUUGGAACAAUUAUUAUCAUUAAAUAUUUCAGCAGGACAAGUACCAUUGGAAAUUUUUAAUAACAAACAAUGUAAUCAAUUGAUUGAAUUACAUUUAGUUGAUUGUGAUCAAUCUUUAACAAAACUUUCUGAUUGGAAUCAAUUCCUUUGUUGUAAUGAUACUAGUUUUAAAAAUUUGAAAAAAUUGGAAUUACAAUGUAAUAUAAAGAAUUUGGAAAAGAUUGGAACAUUUCUUCAAAAGGUUUCAUCAUCAUUACGUAAACUUAUUUUAAUACGUAAUAAUCCUGAAGAUCAAAUUUUAAUUGAUAAAUUUUAUAAGAAUGUUGCAAAAUAUUCUUCAAAUUUAAUUCAAUUGGAUUUAACUAUACCGGAAUUUAUUGAAUCUUUGAUAAUCAUUUUACCAUCAUGUAAAAAACUUGAAUAUUUAAAUUUAAGGGAUCCUUGUAAUCAACCAAAUGAUUUAAAUGAAAGAUUUCCUUUAAUUGGAAAAUAUUUUCCUUUAUCAUUAAAAAAAUUUGGAGUUGAAUUUGAUUUAAAUGUUUCAAAGGAAAAGAUUGAAGAAUUUUUAAAUAAUUGUUUUAAUAUUGGAAUAAGAAAAUUAUCACUUGGUUUUUAUUUUAUGGAUUUUACUUUGGAUCAUGAAAUCAUUAUGAGAAGACACGUACAAUUAGGAACUCUUAGUAGUGAAUUUUAUGAAUACUGGAUAAAAGAACAAAAAGAGGGAAAUAUGAUUUAUGACGAAAAUUUAACCGUUCAAGACAAGGAAAAAGAUUAUUGGUUUGAUUUCAUAAGGGAGUGCAUGUAA